CAAAAAACCAACUGAGAUAGGACGGCUCUAUUGGACUUGGAAGCAAGAGAGGGAGACGGAAAGAAAAUAAGAUAAGGGAACCAAAAAAGCGACAUCCUUUUGGUUUAGCCGUUUGAAGGCCUGGACGGAAUAUGGGAUAUGAUCUUUUGUCAACUGUGCCACCAGCCUUGUGCAUAUGAUUGUGAGAGUCCGAAACGGUCAUAACCUCUCGGCUGAUCUCUUCUCUGUAUUAUUAACAUCUUGGGCUAUGCAAAGGGGAUCUUCUUCCGAGAGAUAUCGCUGUCAAUUGUUAUAGACAACGACAGGCGACAGGAAAGUCAAGGCGCUGGGAGACUGCAACGGGAUACAACUAGCCCCAGCAACUGGGCUGGGCACUCCUUCCACGCGUGUGUCAAACAACCUCCGGGUCAUGCAUGUCGAAGAAUCCCACUCGUACUCACGACGACAGCGACAACAGGCCACACGGGAGGCAAUGGCCUCCGAGAGCUCACAGAGGUGGAGUAGGAGAGGUGCUAUGAGCUGCCCGGACACUGAGUUUGAGACAUGCUGGAUAGUAGGUUCUUUUCUCCACCAUCAUUUCAUUCUUUCUCUUUUCCUUCAGCCUCCUUUGCUGGUUAAAUUCACGGAAGUGAUAAUCUGGGACCCAGCUCACAUGCUUUUCCCAGCGAUUGCACAUGGCAUGCUUCAAGCUGGGUGGUUAAAUGAGAGCAUCUCCAGGGUUGUGAAUUGAGCCCUGAUGGUCCUGAUAUUAUGCAGGCCUGCCAAUGAACUGCGACAGCCAGUGCGUCGCGCAGUAUAUAUACACAUUGGUAUCAGUGGACUUCAGAUUUACAUACCCAAUUUUUGGCGCGGCGGGCGACGACUUUAUUUCUCAAGCAAUGAGAUACUCGUCGGAGAUCACGGAGGCUCUCGACGCUUUUUUUGCAGGCAGCGGCCUUUGAUCCUUCCGAUCACAUCUCAUACGAUGGGUUGAGUUCGCGGUGGGUACAACUCCGAACCGAGUACCCUUGUCAGCUCUAACAGAGACACCAAAACUGCAAAGGAACAAUAGCCCUUCUUCCCUAAUACACACUGGUGGCUGAGCUUAAAGUAGUCACACCGGACGAUUUCUCGCAUGUCCUUUAAUUUCCUGGACGAAAAUGGCCCCUGACCUGUGCAGCUUUUGAUAUAAGAGACCAUGUUGAAGUGGAUUGAUAAGUGAGCUGAUCGUGGGCAGGGUAAUUAUUCCAUAUCAAAAAUGAAAAAAAAAAAAAAAAAGGGCUUUAUCGGAGCUGAAGGGGGGUCUGGUCUAGAUCCAUCCUUUGCAGCUGCGAUCCCGACUGUCGGUGGAGCGGUGCUGAAAAGAUGAAUCCACUCCCGACACGCGUAUCUACGGAGUACUCCGUAUUCG